UGUGAGUGCAAUGGACUCCCUGAAGUGGCGGAGUACUGGAAGCAAGUCAUCAAGAUCAAUGACUACCAGAAGAGCAGGUUCGUGAACCGUGUUGUUUCCUCCAUGUUCAACUCUGUAUCGAACAAGAAGAUUGCGGUUCUUGGUUUUGCGUUCAAGAAAGAUACUGGUGACACGAGGGAGACUCCAGCCAUUGAUGUGUGCAAGGGUCUUUUAGAAGACAAAGCAAGGUUAAGCAUCUACGACCCGCAGGUGACUGAGGAGCAGAUCCAGAGGGAUUUAUCCAUGAACAAGUUUGACUGGGACCAUCCUCUUCAUUUGCAGCCAAUGAGCCCAACCACAGUGAAACAAGUGAGCGUUACUUGGGACGCAUACGAGGCAACCAAA